CUUCCUCUGUUUCUUCUGUACGUGAGGCUGACUUGGAGGGAAGCGGACGUCGUCAAGAAAGGAGAAAACGGGAGAAAGGAGCAAAAAAAAAACCCCAACUAUCCCCAAAAGCUGCCUCCGGAGCAGUGAAGUGUCUUCAUGGCAGUUCGUCGAGGACACAAUAAGUACUUGAAAGCCGACCUGCAGGAGGUGUACGACAUGUCAAACGGUUAUGAAGACCACAUGGGAGGGGACGAGGGAAAGGAUGCCAAGACCAACCUGAUAGUGAACUACCUGCCUCAGAGCAUGACGCAGGACGAGCUGCGGAGCCUCUUCACCAGCAUCGGGGAGGUGGAAUCUGCCAAGCUGAUACGAGACAAAGUCGCAGGCCACAGUUUAGGGUACGGAUUUGUUAACUAUCUUAACCCUAGUGAUGCAGACAGAGCUAUCAGUACACUGAAUGGACUAAGGCUACAGUCCAAAACUAUCAAGGUUUCAUACGCACGGCCCAGCUCUGAUACAAUUAAGGAUGCCAACCUGUAUAUCAGCGGCCUGCCAAAGGCCAUGACACAGAAGGACGUGGAGGACAUGUUUUCACGUUAUGGGCGCAUCAUUAACUCUCGCGUACUUGUUGACCAGGCCUCAGGUACGACAGGCGCGUCCCGCGGGGUGGCUUUUAUCAGAUUCGACAAACGAGCAGAGGCAGAGGAGGCCGUCAAAAACCUGAAUGGCCAAAAACCACCCGGAGCCUCUGAGCCAAUCACAGUCAAGUUUGCUGCCAACCCAAACCAGGUGAAGAACACGCAGCUCAUCUCUCAGCUCUACCACAACCAGUCCCGGCGCUUCGGAGGGCCAGUGCACCACCAGGCACAGCGGUUCAGGUUCUCCCCCAUGGGCGUCGACCACAUGAGUGGCAUGGGGGGUGUCGGCGUCCCCGGGAACUCCAACUCUGGUUGGUGCAUCUUCAUCUACAACCUGGGCCAGGACGCCGAUGAGAGCAUCCUGUGGCAGAUGUUUGGCCCCUUUGGCGCCGUCACCAACGUCAAGGUUAUCCGAGACUUCAACACCAACAAGUGCAAGGGCUUCGGCUUCGUCACCAUGACGAACUACGAGGAGGCGGCCAUGGCCAUCGCCAGCCUGAACGGCUACCGGCUCGGAGACAAGAUACUGCAAGUGUCCUUUAAGACCAGCAAGGGCCACAAGUAGAGAGAGCGGGACAAUCAGGUGUAGAGGAGAGAUGGAAAGAGAUGCUCCAGGCUUUACAGCAGAAGUAUGAGUUUCUAAGUCUGGCACAUCUGUUCGGGUGUUAGUGUAUUCGGAGUAAAAUGAGAUGUUCACUCUUCUGCACCUUUGUACUUGUCUAAAAAGAGUGUCAUGGCUGAUUUUUUUUUUUUUAUUAUUAUUAUUUUUUUUUUUCUCUUUUCAUCUUUAUACUCAUGCUUAGGGCUUGAGGACACUCGGUAGUUUUAAUUUUUAGUGAGGGGGUGGAGACCGCAAAAUCCCAUGAUACCUCCAUAAUAACCUUUUUUUUUUUUUUUUUGGAAAGUUAUCUCAAAAAUCUAAAAUACUGUUCAUAUGUGUUGCAUGUAUAACUGUGGGGACUAGAUAAAGGAGGCACGCCAAUGGUUCUUAGCAGUGCACUGAAAAUACAGAGCAAAAGGAAAGCCCUGCAAAUUGGUGUCCAAGUGUUGACAUUUUCGCGGUCAAUUUAGUCCGAAGGAGGCAAGGAGCGAUAUUUUUCUCGUAGACCGUGGUUGUUUCAUUUUGGAAAAAACGGCAGUGCUCUGUUCUAGAUCCUCGUCAUUAGUAGAAAUAGAUGCCUUAAAUUAUCAUUCGGUGGACACAUAGACCUACUACACCACUCACUGAGUCUGAUCAGAGCAAAGCACUUUUAAUCUGUUUUAGGAUACAAUGAAUAUCAGUCUUUUUGAUGUUAAUCUAUUGAGUUUUGCUCGCCCUGCUUACCAGGUUAACAAUUUUAAAUAUGACGAGGUCUGGAGCGAAAUGUUUGUUUUGUUCUCCCUGUGUAAAGUGUCUUUUUAUUAUUCUAAGUUGUAUUUCAGGAGAGUCCUGUUGAAUAUGAACCCCAUUCAAAGAGUUGGGAAUUAAGAUGGACCAAAAGCAGAGAGAGAUUUGAUCCUAUUGCCACACAAACGUUUUCUGAGCAGAUGAAGGGUAAAUGUUUACCUUCUUUCGGGUUGGGAUUUUUUUUGUUGUUGUUUUUUUGUUUCUGAAGAGGUACUAUGAUUAUAUCUGACAUUAGCUGAGAGCAACAACACUUUGGCUCAGCAUGCCGUUCUGUUUUGUUUUUUCUUUUGAUUUAAAUUUUCUUUGUGUUUUCAACAUUAAAUUU